AUGGAAGAGAUCUCAGGAAUACUUCACAGAGAUGAGAGAAGAGUUCAUCCACACACAGACGCAGCCCAUCAAGAGAAGUUGGCAGCCGCAGCCCGUUAUGUAUAUAUGCAGCAACUUCGAGAUUUCUUUAAUUAUUAUGAUCCCACUCGCAGUGAUGCGUCUAUUCUGGCGGAUCUCAACAAGGCACAAGAAACCCCGCAGGGUUUAUCUAUUUUAUGGAAAGAUCUCAUUUCACAGUAUGGACCAGCACCAGUGCGGCGAAGGACUCAAGGAACACUACAGCAGUUAUUAUCCAUUUCCUCCAGUGAAAAAAAGGUAUGGAAGGCCUCUAAUAGGAAGGAUGAUAAUAAUACAGUAAAGCAUCAAGAAUUGAGAAGGAUUUUCGGGAUAAAUAAUACUCCAAAUAAUGGAAACGAUCAUAAUCAUCAUACUACUACUAUUAUUAAUAGUGAGAAGAAGAAACCAGAGAAACACCUUAUUGCUAUGCAGAUUACUGGUAUGAAUGAUGCCCUUUUUGGAGCAGCAACACCAUUACGACAACAGGCCUUCUGUCGAGCGAUUGCAUCUCAAAUGUCUUUAUGGACUGACUCUCAUUCAUCAACUUUUCAGGUGGAAAUGAAAAUGGAUUGUGUUGCCGUAGUGAGAGUCGUCAUUGCGAAUAAAGCAGCAGCAGAUGGAUCUAAUAAUAAUAAUAAUAAUAAUAAUAAUAAUAAUAAUAAUAAUAAUAAAGAGGCUCUUAUCAUUAUAACUUCUCUUGAACGGACUAUACGGUCUGGUAAGGCAUCUUUACAAUUGAUUAAAAAUAGUUAUCAGAGAGAUUUAAAAGGUGGUAAUGUGAUCAUGUCCAUCACAACAGCUCAAGUUCCACAAGAUGCCUUUAGUGAAAUAUCUCAUCAUGAAGGUUAUUUCAAUGAUAAUGAAGAUGAUAUCCUUAAUGAAAAUAAUAAUAAUAAUAAUAAUAAUAAUAAUAAUAAUAAUAAGGAGAGUUAUCGUGAAAUCGUUCAUAGUUCUCAGAAGUGUAGUUCUGAGUUUUCAUUAAAUGAAUCUUCUUUUACAUCAUCACCGCCGCCUUCUUUCUUUUAUCGCGGCACACCCGUUAUCUCCAGAAAUAACAACACCUUACAGUCUUCUUUAAGUCUUUCACAGUGUACGAAUCGAGUCGAAGAAAACGAAUCUCAACAAGAAGAGAAAGAGAAGAAGUUACAGCAGAAGAGUAAAGACUAUGGUUCCACUCUGGAAAAAAGGAAAACAACAUCUUUACUUUCCAUCAUGGAAGAUGUGUAUAAGUAUGAAAGUGUUCCCACAUCACAAUUGGUUAAAUCUUCCUCUAGUGUACAUCGUCCUUCAUUUUCUUUUGCUCCUCCUGAGCAGCAUGUAUGGAAUAGUGUUAAGGAGAAGCCCAGUCGAAGUAAUUCAUAUGAGAUACGAUCACUCUGUGAUAUUCCUUGGCAAACAUGA